AUGGAAGUCAUCGUGGCUAACGUGGAUCAUAUUAAAUUUGAUAUUGAUUAUGCACUCGAGCAACAAUAUGGAUCAUUACCACUUCCAUUCCCAGGAAUGGAUAAGUCUACAGCAGCAGUUUGUGAAUUCUUUGGCCAACCUGGAGGUUGUAAUAAUGGUCCCCAGUGCCCUUAUAGACAUGUCAGAGGAGACCGGACUGUUGUCUGCAAGCAUUGGUUAAGAGGUCUAUGCAAAAAAGGAGACCAAUGUGAAUUUCUUCACGAAUAUGAUAUGACUAAGAUGCCUGAAUGUUAUUUUUAUGCUAGAUUUAAUGCUUGUCAUAACAAAGAAUGUCCCUUUUUACAUAUAGACCCUGAAAGUAAAAUUAAGGACUGCCCUUGGUAUGACCGAGGUUUUUGUAGACAUGGUCCCCAUUGCCGCCAUCGUCAUGUUCGGAGAGUCCUAUGCACUAACUAUUUGGCUGGUUUCUGCCCAGAUGGUUCAAGCUGCAAGUAUAUGCAUCCACGAUUUGAGUUGCCUGCACCACCUGAACAAACUAAAGAUGCCAAACGGCUCCCAGUGUGUCAUUACUGUUCAGAAGUUGGUCAUAAAGCAUCAUCCUGUCAUAAGAUUCCACCAGAUCAAAGGGAAGUUGCACAAAAACAAGAGGAAGCUCGAUACAGAUCUCUAGGAUUCUUAAAACAAGUAGGAGAAGAUGAUUCACAGCAAUCUCCUCAUAUACAUAGAAUGCAGAGAAUGAUGCAUAAACCCCUGGAGGAAGUAACUUGCUUCAAGUGUGGUACUAAGGGACAUUAUGCCAAUAAAUGCCCUAAAGGUCACCUGGCAUUCCUCUCAAAUCAACCUGGACAAAAUAACACAUUUAAAAAACCCAACUAG